AUGUCGCCUUUCUUUCUGUACGCUAGCACUAUUCUCCUUUUCCUUUCUGCUUGUGUUCACACAUUUUCACCUGCACAGAAUCUUGCACUUGCACAAUAUCCCCCUCAUUCAAGCUGUCCUGUCGCGUGCAGCAAGGCAGGCCUCAACCCAUCCAAUUGGACGUUCAUACAUGACAGUCACUCCCUUCGUUUAUGCAAUGCAACCUCUUUGUUUGACAUCAACAUAUAUACCCCAGUUGAGGGCCCCAAGGCUCGCAUCAGCCUGCGAGCCUGUGGUGCUGCGGCCCUAGAUGCAAACUCUGCCACCCCUCAAACGCUCACUGCGGGUUCCGCUUCCCUGAGCAGCUGUGAUGUCUCUUCGCAAUCCAUCAAGACCACGAGGGACGUCCAAUUCCUGCAGUGGGCGGGUGAUAAAACCAGAGACUUCUCAGCAAAUGCAGUCUCUGCAGCCACUGAGUUGAGCCGUCUACUGCAGGAGGGUGACAACUGUGAUCAAGGCAUUUUCCUCUCGCAGUCCAAGGAUGUCAUCGUUGGUGUCUACAUCGGCUCCGAUAUUCAGCGAGCAAGUGCUGUGGAUAUCCUUCAGAAUUUUGGAAAUUCGGCACCCUCAGGCCCGGUGAAGGCGUCUCAGCUCGCUGCCCAGGCGUGUGAGAAUGGGAACAAGACCGCCCAAACGCUGGGAGUCUUUGCAGAUGCCACCGGAAAUCUGGCAUCCGUUCUCAAUGCGCUCCAAGUAUGGGAUAAAGGGCAGUGCCUGACUGGCGCGGACAAUCAGCAAGUGUGGUCCAACACGCCCAUCAACGUCUUGAACAGACAUACUACUGUCAGGAGCGACAAUACGACCAUCGCAGCUCGAUUGAAGACCAAGGUUCUUCCUCGGGAUACAUGCACAUAUGUCCAAGCCAUCGCAAAUGAUGGAUGCUGGUCCCUUGCCCAGAGAUGCAAUAUAACACAGGCCGAACUCCAGCAAUACAACAGCGACCCCAACUUCUGCAACGACAUCGCUGUCGGCCAAUAUGUGUGCUGCUCCCCAGGUUCAUUGCCUGACUUCUCUCCACAACCAAACCCCGACGGAAGCUGCGCAACAUAUUCAAUCCAGACCAACGACACAUGUUCGGCAAUUGCCGCAGCCAAUUCCAUGACCGUCACACAACUCGAGUCCAGAAACUCGGAUGUAUGGGGCUGGUCAGGCUGUCAGUCCCUGUACAUCGGCCAGGUGAUUUGCUUGAGUACGGGCACACCACCCAUGCCGGCGCCCAUCGCCAACGCUGUUUGUGGACCGCAAGUCCCCAAUACCACUGCACCAGCCAAUAUGUCCGACCUGGCCAGUCUCAAUCCUUGCCCCUUGAACGCAUGCUGCGACAUCUGGGGCCAAUGCGGUAUCACGACGGACUUUUGUAUCGCAGAUCCGGCAGACACCGGCGCCCCAGGAACAGCACAGCCGGGGACCAACGGUUGUAUCUCAAACUGCGGGAUGGACAUCGUGGGUAAUGGUAGUCCCCCAAGCGAAUUUAUGAGACUUGGGUAUUACGAAGCCUGGAACUUUCAGCGACCCUGUCUUCACAUGAGCACAUACAAGAUACCCCCUCUGCUGACAGUCUGCCACCAGCACUUUGCCUUUGGAGGUAUCACGUAUGAUUAUCAGAUCGACAUGAGUGCUGUGCAGGGCCAAUUCCAACAGUUCCGUUCCCUGACCGGAACCAAGCGAAUUGUGUCAUUUGGUGGCUGGGCAUUUUCCACACAACCUUCCACUUUCAACAUCUUGAGGACGGCGUUUGUGGUCAAUAACAAUCUCGAUGGUGUUGACUUCGACUGGGAAUAUCCCGGCGCACCGGAUAUCCCUGGAAUCCCAGCCGGUAGCCCGGACGAUGGACCAAACUAUCUGGCAUUCCUGCAAGAGCUUCGGUCCAUUUUGCCCAGCGGCAAGACGAUUUCUAUUGCUGCGCCGGCAUCGUUCUGGUACUUGAAAGCCUUCCCCAUCGCCGAGAUCAGUCAGGUCGUGGACUACAUCGUCUUCAUGACAUAUGAUCUCCACGGGCAGUGGGAUUAUAACAAUGCCUUCUCCGAUCCCGGAUGUCCUGGCGGAAACUGCCUCCGCUCCCAGGUGAACAAGACCGAGACGGUUCAAUCUCUCGCUAUGAUCACCAAGGCCGGUGUUCCUGCCAGCAAAAUCCUGGUGGGAAUGGCGCUGUAUGGGCGGAGCUUUCAAAUGACCGAGGCAGGUUGCUAUACGGCCGAUUGCACAUAUACCGGUCCAAUGUCCGGCGCCACGCCAGGCGAGUGCACCGACACCGCUGGCUAUCUCUCCAACUACGAGAUCGAACAGAUCAUUGCUGGUGGCGGUGUUCAGCAGUAUUCGUCGGACGAUGGCGAUAUUCUUGUCUACAAUCAGACCCAGUGGGUCUCGUGGAUGAAUCCUUCAACCUACUGGGAUCGUCUCGCAUGGGUCCAGGGGUUGAACUUUGGAGGUACAUCUGACUGGGCCAUGGACUUGAAUCAGACGUUUGCAGACGCCGAUGCCAGCAAUAUUGUGUACAUCAGCCCUGACAUUUGGUCCGAACCUGAUCCGACAGUGGCUUGCUAUCCGCCAUGCACGUUUGUUUUCCCUCCUUGGUCCUUGUCAACUCCAACCACAAUCUCUCGGCCUCCAGUGACGAUGACCCUAGAGGAGACAUGGCCCCUAAUCGAAUCGCUGAACGGCAACAUCACGACAACAGGGUAUACCACUGGAACGACGGUCACCACUAUUACCUUGCCUCCCGUGACGACGGAUCUCAUCCAGGUCUGGAAUUACGAAUGGACCGACACUGAGAUUGUAACCGUCUACAUCACAAGCAGUGUGCCGUUUCCCCCUAUUCUGCUGACGGAGGACUCACCCCCAACCCAAACCCAGAUUUCUACGGGAACUCCCUUCUGGUACACAUACAGUCCGGACCCAUAUCCCCCCUACACGGGGCCUUCCCAAACUUCCUCCCCAACCUCAAUUAUUCCUCCCCCGCCGCCACCACCGGGAAGCCCUGGGUCUGUCCACGUUACUCAAGGCCCACCGUCUCCCACCCCCCGGCCGGGCAACAACCCGAAGAACGGACACAUCUGCACUGCGAAUUGUAUUCCGGAACCCCCGUGCCUCAUCUGUGGCUGCAUUGGCCCAGGCUGUCGGGGUGGAGGCCACUGUAUCGGUCGUGGAUGCAGCAGUGGAGGUGGAUCCAACGGAGGAGGCGACGACACGAACAGUUGUUCCACCUCGCACACUGCCGAUAUCUGCACCGAGUACAUCAGCAGCUACUCCAGCACGGGCAUGGACAGCUCCUCGACCAUUACUCAGACUGCUUGCCGAACCACCACUGCCUGCGAGGUCCUGGGCACAACCAUAACAACAACCAUCACCACCAAUUGUCCCGCCUGUACCCUGGACCCGCCGGCGCCCGACUACACCACCAUGGCCCCCGACCCCUCCAAUACCCUGACAUGGACCAUCCCCGCAGGGGACACGACUAUCACCGGGGACCCAGCAUCCCCAACACCCUCGUUCAUCUCCUGCGACUUCUACGGGGAGGACCCAGACCGGGGAAUCACCAGCCAGUACUGCGUCUGUUCCGGGUCGACCUUCGCACCCUCCUCCAAUACGAUUGUCACUCCGCCCAACAGCUGCGCCUACACCACACUUCCCACCAACACUGUCGCGGUGACAACCUUGACGGUAACCACAACCGACACGGCCAUCUGUUCGGCUUGCACAGCUGUCGGUCUAUCCGAGACAUGCACUUCCCUCCCUAACUGCACGCCCAUCCCAGCGACGACAACGACGACAACAACAACGACGAGUAAACCGGCUCCCACGAAGACGAGCGCAACGUGCCAGAUCACCGGAUGGGCAGAUCUAUCGGAGGUCGUUGGAAGCGGCGGCCCUGGUCAGGUAUGGACCCUCCCUUUUUGUUCAGCAUCUCUCAGACAAAACACUCAUCCCGUGAAUAGACCCCAGUCUACAACGACGAAUACGGUUUCAUUGUGGGCUACAAAAAUGGACCUACACUGGGUGGUAUCUCGGGUGAUUCCGUCGAUAUGCAUUGGCAGACUCUGGACGGUAAAUCUCUCGGACUGCCUGAAGACAUCAUGUGGGUUGCCUCCUGGGAUGUGA